AAAGAUAAAGUUUUAUAUUCUCUAUGCGCUGGAUUAAUUGCCGGUGGUGUUGAAGCCACCAUUACAUACCCAACUGAGUAUGUAAAAACACAGUUACAACUACAGGAUGCUUCUUCCACCGGAAAAAAAUUUAAAGGCCCAAUUGACUGUGCAGUGCAAACAAUUCGAACGCAAGGAGUGUUUGCACUAUAUCGAGGAUUAUCGGCAUUAGUAAUAGGCACUGCUGCAAAAGCUGGUGUUCGGUUUUUUACCUACGACCAGAUUAAAUCUCUAUUAGAGGAUAAGAAUGGACAAGUUUCAGGACCUAAAUCUAUGUUAGCUGGAUUAGGCGCAGGAAUGGUGGAAGCUAUUCUUGUGGUGACUCCAACAGAAACUAUAAAAACUAAACUGAUUCAUGAUGCAAAUCGGCCUGAACCACGAUAUAAAGGGCUAAUACAUGGUAUCCGUAGCAUCGUAGCGGUAGAGGGGAUAGGUGGAAUAUAUCGCGGUCUAUUUCCAGUAAUGAUGCGUCAAGGGGCGAAUCAAGCAGUACGUUUUUCUACAUAUUCUACUUUGAAACAAGAAUUCCAAAAAUAUUCAUCACCAGGACAACCGCUUCCAUGGGCAGUAACAUUUGGAAUAGGAUCGAUUGCUGGUAUAGUGACGGUAUAUUCAACAAUGCCUCUCGACGUUGUAAAGACAAAGAUGCAAGGAUUAAAAGCAAAAGAAUUAUAUAAAAAUAGUUUUCAUUGUGGGUGGAAGGUUCUAACUGAAGAAGGUGUUGCUGCAUUUUGGAAAGGGGCAACUCCAAGAUUGGGAAGACUGCUGUUUUCUGGAGGUAUUAUCUUUACGGUUUAUGAGCAAGUAAUUGAAGGGUUUAGAAAACUAGAAAGGGCUCAGACAAUCUAA